AGAGGGAGGGGGAAUCUGCGGCUGCGAGCUUUGGACCGCCGUACGAUCAUCAGCUCAUCUCUAAAGCUCCUCAGCUCCGGAAGGUACAGUGAGAUCAGUCACAGCCACACGGAGCACAGGUCUCUUCUCUGGAAACACUUUUCUUAAUAACAGCAGUUCCUCGCACAGAGCCAGGAAAAGGACAGAAAAAUGCCCAAAGCGGUCAAUGUUCGCGUCACCACCAUGGACGCUGAGCUGGAGUUUGCCGUCCAGCCCAGCACCACCGGCAAGCAGCUGUUUGACCAGGUGGUGAAAACCAUCGGCUUACGGGAGGUCUGGUACUUUGGACUUCAGUAUAUGGAUGGCAAAGGUUAUUACACCUGGCUAAAACUGGACAAAAAGGUGUCGUCCCAAGACGUAAAGAAGGAGAACCCGCUUCAGUUCAAGUUUCGGGCCAAGUUCUUCCCAGAGGAUGUGUCUGAGGAGCUGAUCCAGGACAUCACCCAGAAGCUCUUCUUCCUGCAGGUGAAGGAAGGCAUCCUGAGCGAUGAGGUUUACUGUCCACCAGAAACAGCCGUGCUGCUGGCCUCCUACUCCGUUCAGGCCAAGUUUGGAGACUACAACAAAGAACUCCACCGGCCUGGAUACCUCCUUUCUGAACGCCUGCUGCCACACAGAGUCAUGGAGCAGCACAAGUUAUCCAGAGAACAGUGGGAGGAGAGGAUCCAGGUGUGGCACGAAGAGCACCGUGGGAUGCUGAAGGAGGACGCUAUGCUGGAGUACCUGAAGAUCGCUCAGGACCUGGAAAUGUACGGAGUCAACUACUUUGACAUCAAGAAUAAGAAAGGAACAGAGUUGUGGCUGGGAGUGGACGCCCUGGGACUCAACAUUUAUGAGAAGGAUGACAAAUUGACCCCAAAGAUUGGCUUCCCCUGGAGUGAGAUUAGAAACAUUUCCUUCAACGACAAAAAGUUCAUCAUCAAGCCCAUUGAUAAAAAAUCCCCGGACUUUGUGUUUUAUGCCCCGAGGCUGCGCAUAAACAAGCGCAUCCUGCAGCUGUGCAUGGGCAACCACGAGCUCUACAUGCGUCGCCGCAAGCCAGACACAAUCGAGGUGCAGCAGAUGAAGGCCCAGGCCAGAGAGGAAAAACAGCAGAAACAGAUGGAGAGGGCCCAGCUGGAGAACGAGAAGAAGAAGAGGGAGGCCAUUGAGAAAGAGAAGGAGCAGAUGGAGCGAGAGAAGCAGGAGCUGAUGAUGAGGCUCUACCAGUUCGAGGAGAAGACCAAAAAGGCGGAGAAAGAUCUGCAGGACCAGCUCCAGAGAGCCAUGAUGCUGGAGCAGGAGCGGAGGAGAGCAGAGGAGGAGGCAGCUCGUUUGGAGGCAGAGCGUCAGGCUGCCCUGCUGGCUAAAGAGGAGUUGGCUCGCCAUGCUGAGGACCAGAAGAAGAGUCAGGAGCAGCUGGCUGCAGAGCUGGAAGAGCACUCGGCCAAGAUUGCCCUGCUGGAGGAUGCCAAGAGACGCAAGGAGGAGGAGGCCGAAACUUGGCAACUCAGGGCCAUGGAGGCCCAGGACGAUCUGGUGAAGACCAAGGAGGAGCUGCAUAAUGUGAUGGCGGCGCCUGCUCCACCUCUACCUUUACCUCCCCCUCCCCCAAUGUACGACCAACUUGACGACAACAGCGACAGCGAGGAGAACACCAGCACACACAGUGCCGACCUGCAGACUGAAGGCAUCAACGACCACCGCAAUGAAGAGGAUCGUCUCACUGAGGCUGAGAAGAAUGAGCGCGUCCAGAAACAGCUGAAGGCCCUGACCUCAGAGCUGGCUCAGGCACGUGACGAUUCCAAGAACACCCAAAACGACCUUCUUCACUGUGAGAACGUCCGGGCCGGCCGAGACAAAUACAAGACCCUGCGACAGAUCAGGCAGGGCAACACUAAGCAGAGGAUCGACGAGUUCGAAGCUUUAUAAGAAGGCUUCCGGCUCCCUCGGCCACCUACCCUUUCUGAUUGGUCACUACAUCUCGCUCCUCGGCUGACGCAUAUCAACACACAGAAAGAAACACGCUCAAACCCACAAACACACACAUCAGUUGCAGACUAAACUGGAGCAGUAUAAGCACAGCAGAAGCAUCGCUUACACAGAGACAAACUCCUGCUGAGAGAUUGUCCGGCAGUAUGCAGGGCUUUGCCAUUCCUUUGAAGAAAAACUUAGUGCCAAAACAUUUUCUCUUCUUAGUGUUUCAGAUCUUAUUUGUGUAUUUGAUUGUGUGUAAUUUGAUCAAUGAAGACCAAAUCAAUCAUAUUGUUUUUAACCACAGAUGGGAUAAGUAGAGGGAUUAGCCAAAUUUUAUUAUUAUUUCACGAUGUGCACAUAGAGUAUGUAAUCAAAGCCUCGCUUCUUUUCGGUGUCUGUCGUUCAUUGUGUAGGAAGAAAAUGACAGAUUGUCGUGUCAUAGCGACCACUCAGAAAGGGGAAAACAGUAUAAGCAGAAAAAAAUGUAUGUUUGUUUUUGUUUUCCAUUAUAUUUGAACACUUACAUUUAUGUUUAAUAUUGCUAUUCAGUAGUUUAAAUUCAUGCCUAGUUUGAUAUUUAUACUGUAUAUGGGACAUUAAAAAGGGUAUUUCAUCUUGGUUUGUAUAUUUUUGCUAUCUACUAAUGAAAAUGAAAACAUUUGAUAUGUCUCACAGGUUUUUAUAUAUUGACCCAAAUAAUAGCAGUCUUAUGUUCCAUACGUUUUCCUUUAGAUAACUAAAUUAAAGAGAUUUAAUUGUAAAUUAUUAUUUUUUACUGUAGGAAAUAUCCAGCUGCAUGCCAUUAAAUCAGUUAAAGAGAUCACUAUCUAUCUAGGUACUUUGGAUUUUUUUGCCGUGCAUUUCACAGCAUGCUGAGGAAUGUCAUUAUCCUCAAAGCGCUGUGUUGACUCGGACACCUUAGGUUUAAUAUAUUUUAUUUCUGUCUAAUCUGUGUCAUGUCGCUGUUGAGUGAGAGUUGAGCACGUGUUGUGUGCUUUCACCCUCCUAAGUGGCCUUUCUCUCUGGUUGACCCUCUGCGGGUUACAGUCCCAGACAGUUGGUCUUCACUGUUUAGCCAAGGUGCAUAGUCUCCAAAAUAUGGAUGUAACUUUGAAAUUUUUC